AUGAAUGUUUUGGUCCUUUGCCUUGGAAACAUCUGCAGAUCGCCGUUGGCUGCAUCCAUGCUGGAGGCAUAUGUGAAGAAUAACUUUCCCGAAUCUGCCCCUCAAAUCUCGUUCUACUCUGCUGGAACGUAUUCCCAUACCAAAGGCCAGAAGGCAGAUUCUCGCUCCAUAGAGGUUGCUGUUAAGAACGAAAACAUCGUGCCUGGCGUAUCGAGCAUCUUAUCGCUGCAUAGAGCUCGGCCAGUUACCAUUGCCGAUAUUACAUUGUGCGACUACAUUCUUGUGAUGGACCUUAGUAACUUGGCCAAGGUACGGGCCAUUAUUGAAAAAAACUCAUCAGAUCAAAAUACAGUCAAUGCUUUGAUGAAAAAGGUCUUUCUUUUCGGUAACUUUUGUAAAGAAAAUUUUCACGAUAAUGAGGAAGAUCACAUCAUCAUCAAGGAUCCCUGGUAUGGAUCGUCUUCUGAUUUCGAUACGGUCUACCACCAAUGCCAUUUGGCUACAAAGCGAUUUAUUUCUUAUUUAAGGCUGGGGCAAUAA